AUGGUCGCGCACAUCUUCGGGGCGGGCGGAAGGGCCCUGAUGCGGCGAGGGGCGGCGGGAGACGCCGUGGAGUGGUGGCGGCGGCGGGCAGGGGAGGGCGGACGGGCGCAGUCAGAGUGGGAGCGGCUGCUUUGCGCGUGGGACGGCAGGUGGCACGGCACCAGCGAGGCUUGCACAUCCGGCGCCGAGGACGCCGACAGCUGCUGCAGCGAGGACGGCAGCGUGGGGCACUGCCGCAGCGAGGACGGCAGCGUGGCUUCCACUGUGGCCCACAGCGUGGCGUCCACCGCCUCCCUGUCCUCCAAGCGCCUCAUGAACAAGGUGAUAUCGUGGAUCCGCGAGCGGCAGGACGCCCGCCGGGGCAUCAUUUACACCAAGUCGGGGCCCUGCAGCCUGUUGGAAGGCUUGCCGAUACCGCCCUACCCAGAGGACUACGACUGGUGUGCGAACUGA